GAGGGAGGGGGGAGACACUGCAGGCGGGUGUUUAAAGCAUCCUGUGAAGUUCCACCAUCAUCAUUUUAGCAGAAGAAAAAACUGCAGACGAAAAUGUACCAAAUACUCAUUUCACUGUUGAUCCUGUUUAACUGUACUUGCCUAGCAGAAGUGUACAAAGAAGGAGACGAUGUGAAAAUCACAUGUAAAAUGUCACCCCCGGGUACCAUCGUGUUCUGGUUCCGAGUCCUGCAGACUGGUAUUGAGGCCAUAGGAUCCUUUAACAUUGAAGGGGAACCUAAAAUGUCGCCCAAUAAUAGUAUGUUUGACUACUCAAGUAUCAGAAGACAUAAUACAAUAACUUUGAAAGGUUUUCAGAAGAACCGUGACAGCGGCACUUAUAGUUGUGGGAAACUGAACGGCAACAAAUUGAGUUUUGGGGAAUUGACCGUCAUUAAAGGUUUGCCUGAAUCACCACCUGCUGUAAAGCCGGUUACAGCACAAGUCACUCCGGGCAGCACCACGCAACCCUGCCCGUGCCGGACUCCCUCCCAGACAAAGUCUAAGUCCAGUGAGGGCUGUCCAAUGGUCAUUUGGGUUCCAUUAACUGCUGCUUGUAGCCUAAUCUUCCUCAUCCUCAUCCUCAUCAUAUGCCACUGCAACCGAAUUAGAACAAGACGAUGCCCUCACCAUUACAAGAGGAAGCCUAAGAACGUCACACCAGCCCGACAGGCCAUGGGAGAGAGAUACCACUGAUCAUUUAGGGGUAGGACCCCACCUCAGUGUCACAAUCAACUGCCAAGUUGGACUGUUAUAGUGAUUUUACUCCUUUUGUAGAACAACAGUACAUAUAAUUCUUUGGUAUUUUAAGAUGAUUUUAAGUGUAUAUAUUUUAACAGUAUUGGUCAUUAUCAGAUCAAUGUACAUUUUAAAAUGGAUUAACUUUGAAUUAAAAAUUCAGUAGAUAUUUUCAGCCAUGUACCCUUUCCCAAGCAAGACUCUUACGGGCAUCUCUGGCUUCGUUAUGUGUACAUAUAUGAGAGCUGCAAUAAACCGACUAAUUAUCAAAAUAAUAAUCAAA